CGCUUCGGCAUUAUACAGAAAGAAGUUAGCAGCGGCUUCGGCAAUCAGGUGUUUUGCUCCUAUAGAAGUCGUAAAAACAAGAUAUUUUUGCGAUCUAAAACCCAGCAGGGAUAUUAAAACGUAACCCUAGACGUGGGUCUGCGGGGCUUUUGGAUUUAAUCAUGAUUACUUCCGCCGCUGGGAUUAUUUCACUUCUUGAUGAAGAUGAACCACAGCUCAAGGAGUUUGCUCUUCACAAACUGGACUCUAUAGUCAAUGACUUUUGGGCUGAAAUUUCAGGAUCAGUUGACAAAAUUGAGGUGUUGUAUGAAGAUGAAUCAUUCCGUAGUAGAGAAUUUGCUGCCCUAGUGGCCUCAAAAGUCUUCUACCACCUGGGAGCCUUUGAGGAGUCGUUGAACUACGCUCUUGGAGCUGGAGAUCUCUUCAAUGUAACUGAUGACUCUGAAUAUGUGGAGACCAUCAUCGCCAAAUGUAUUGACCAUUACACAAAGUUGCGGGUGGAGAAUGCUGAACUACCCGAAGAUGAGGAGAAGAAAAGCAUUGAUCCCCGUCUUGAGGGAAUUGUCAACAAAAUGUUUUUGCGUUGCCUUGAUGACCAUAAGUACAAGCAAGCCAUUGGCAUCGCCUUGGAAACGAGACGCCUUGACAUGUUUGAGAAGACUAUCUUAGAAUCGAACGAUGUGAGUGGCCUUCUUGCCUACAGUUUGAAGGUUUGCAUGUCUUUAAUGCAAAACAAGAAGUUUCGUAAUGAAGUUCUGCGUGUCCUGGUUAAACUCUAUAUGAAUUUGGAAAAGCCAGACUUCAUUAAUGUUUGCCAGUGCCUGAUUUUCCUGGAUGACCCUCAGGCUGUCAGUGAUAUUUUGGAGAAACUGGUGAAAGAGGAUAAUCUGCUGAUGGCAUAUCAGAUUUGUUUUGAUCUUUAUGAGAGCGCCAGCCAGCAGUUUCUCUCCUCUGUGAUUCAGAAUCUUCGCACAGUUGGGACACCUAUCCCGUCCGUUCCUGGAUCCACCAACACAGGCACAGUGCCAACAUCAGACAAAGACAGUGAGGCAAUGGACACUGAUGAUAAGCCAGGAAUUUCCCCUGCUGGAAAACCAUCAGAUUCAAAAGAUGACCCUAAGGACCAGAAUGCCAAGAUGAUCAAAAUCCUAAGUGGAGAAAUGGCUAUUGAGUUACAUUUGCAGUUUCUAAUUCGAAACAACAACACAGAUUUAAUGAUUCUGAAAAACACAAAAGAUGCAGUUCGAAAUUCUGUUUGCCACACAGCCACAGUUAUUGCCAAUUCUUUCAUGCACACAGGAACCACAAGUGAUCAGUUCCUCAGGGAAAAUUUGGAAUGGUUAGCCAGAGCCACAAACUGGGCAAAAUUCACAGCAACAGCAAGCCUUGGUGUAAUCCACAAGGGUCAUGAGAAGGAGGCACUUCAGUUAAUGGCCACUUACUUGCCAAAAGACACCUCUCCUGGCUCUGCCUAUCAGGAGGGAGGUGGUCUUUAUGCGCUGGGAUUGAUUCAUGCUAACCACGGUGGCGACAUCAUCGACUACUUGCUAGGACAACUUAAGAAUGCAAGCAAUGACAUUGUCCGUCAUGGAGGUGCCCUUGGUCUCGGAUUGGCUGCUCUGGGUACAGCGAGGCAGGAUGUUUAUGACCUUCUCAAGUCAAACCUCUACCAGGAUGAUGCUGUCACUGGUGAAGCAGCAGGUUUGGCCCUGGGGCUUGUCAUGCUUGGGUCUAAGUCUGCCCAGGCCAUUGAGGACAUGGUUGGUUACGCUCAGGAGACUCAGCACGAGAAGAUCCUGCGUGGCCUGGCUGUAGGCAUUGCUCUGGUCAUGUAUGGACGUAUGGAGGAGGCGGAUGCACUAAUAGAGAGCCUGUGUAGAGACAAGGACCCUAUUUUGAGGCGCUCUGGUAUGUACACGGUUGGCAUGGCUUACUGUGGCUCGGGGAACAAUAAGGCCAUAAGACGCCUGCUGCAUGUUGCUGUAAGUGAUGUGAACGAUGAUGUUAGGAGGGCAGCUGUGGAGUCAAUUGGAUUUAUCUUAUUCAGGACCCCAGAGCAAUGUCCCAGUGUGGUGUCCCUUCUUUCUGAGAGCUACAACCCUCAUGUGCGCUGUGGAGCUGCCAUGGCUUUGGGCAUCUGCUGUGCUGGCACAGGCAAUAAGGAGGCCAUCAAUCUGCUGGAGCCUAUGACCAACGACCCAGUCAACUAUGUGAGACAAGGGGCACUCAUCGCCUCAGCCCUUAUCAUGAUCCAGCAAAGUGAAGUCACCUGUCCAAAGGUGAACCAGUUCAGGCAACUGUACGCAAAGGUGAUCAACGACAAGCAUGAUGAUGUCAUGGCCAAGUUUGGGGCAAUCCUGGCUCAGGGAAUACUUGAUGCAGGUGGGCGUAAUGUGACCAUCACUCUGCAGUCCAGGACUGGCCACACUCACAUGCCUUCUGUGGUGGGCCUGCUCGUCUUCACACAGUUCUGGUUCUGGUUCCCUCUGUCCCACUUCCUGUCCCUGGCCUUCACCCCCACCGCCAUCAUCGGCCUCAACAAAGACCUCAAGAUGCCCAAAGUUCAGUACCGCUCCAACUGCAAGCCCUCUACGUUCGCUUACCCGCCCGCUCUGGAGGUUCCAAAGGAAAAAGAGAAAGAAAAGGUGUCCACUGCUGUUCUUUCCAUCACGGCCAAAGCCAAGAAGAAAGAGAAAGAAAAGAAGGAAAAGGAGGAGGAGAAGAUGGAAGUGGAGGUCCAAGAAGGAGAGAAGGAAAAGGAGAAAAAGGAUGAAGAGAAGAAGAAAGAGGUUGAGCCAAACUUCCAGCUGCUUGAAAACCCGGCACGAGCGAUGCCCGCUCAGCUCAAAGUCCUGACCAUGCCCGAGAGCUGCCGCUACCAGCCCUUUAAAGCGCUUCACACUGGUGGGAUCAUCAUUUUGAAAGACACCAGUGAGGAAGAGGAGGAGCUGGUGGAGCCUGUCUCCGCCCACGGCCCCAAGAUCGAGGAAGAGGAGCAGGAGCCCGAGCCCCCAGAGCCCUUUGAGUACAUCGAUGAGUAAACAGGGCUCUGAGGAUCUGAAAUGUCGGCAUGUUGGUCCUUUCCCGUCUGUGUAUCCAAAUGCACACUUCACUCCUAUUUUACGUGUUCCUUUCCUGCUCUGGCUCCUUUUUACCGGAAAAGAGUGUUUUACAUUCACAACUUGUAUAAUUUUUCUGUCAGUUCAAUAAAUAACAAUGUAUAU